AUGUCUAGUAUUCUAUGCGGUGUUUGUGAACAGACUUCGGAUUCUUUCAAUUUUGGAGCACUUUCCUUGCUUGUGCUGCGUUUUUUCGUAGAGUCAUCGCUUCUAACAGGAUUCCAAAAGUACAAUGUGAUAGAAAAUGCGACCUGA